AUGGACCGGAGCGAGACAUUCAAGGUCUUUUGUGAGCGCGUGGAGGCAUUUUUGGGAAAAGGCGUUGGUAUCGACCUAGUGCUGAAGUGUAUGCUGGGGUUAACUCGCCUGCGGAUGGUUAACGCUUCCGAUGAGGCGACGAAAGAGGUUUACGCGGGGUUUGCCAUGGCUGUUAUCAAUGGUCGUAUGCUUGGGAACCACUUCCGUUACCCGUCCUCUUUUAGUCUAGCCCUGAGAACGUUUAAAGCGAAGGAGGGACCGCUCUUCCACUGGUUUUUGUUCGGCUUGUCUUUCCUCCUGCGGACGUUUGAGCAAAUGACGGGUGACCUCAACUACUACCAGAUGAUUAUAAUGAGACACUGGAGCCGGUCACGUCUGUCACAUACCUAUUGGUUCUUCAAGUCGCUUUCGCUUACGUGUCUGCUUCUAGACGAAGUCCUCUUGUUGAGGUUGGAACUGCGAUCCCCUCAAUGGAGGGAGAAGACUUCUGAAGAGCGCUCCUCAUUUUUGAGAAGAAAGGUCAUUUCCGUAAUGCGCUGCUUGUUAGACAUGUGCAUGUACUACCAGUGGGUGCCAUGGUACAAUCCUUACAAGACUCUGCAGUACUGUUGUGUAACAGCUAGUGGGUUUCUCGGUGUGUACUCCGGAUGGGGUGAUGUAUGUGACUCCCUUGCGGCGUCCAAGGCACGGCGAGUCGAUAGCAUUAAAGCAGACUAA